AUGCGUCUUCUUCUUUCUCUAGCAUUUUUGAUUCUUCAUUCCCUUGAUGCGUAUAAAAUCCUGGUUUAUUCGAAUUUAUUUGGACACAGUCAUGUCAAAAUGAUGGGUGCGUUAUCUGAUAUUCUGACCGAUGCUGGACAUAAUGUGGUGAGUUUCAAGUUCAAAAGUUCGAAAAUGUUUUAUGAUAUCAGACUGUGCUCAUCCCAAUCAUCGAUACAAAUGAGAGAAAUCGAACAGCUUUGAAAUCAACAAAAAAUGUGAUUUUUGUCGAGCCGGAUGAGAAAGUUGUGCAAAUCAGUGGGAAUAUGAAAAAUGUUUUGAAAAAUGUUUGGACCGAUAAUUCGAAUCCACUUCAUUUGAUAACUCGAGCUGGACCAAUGGCAGAAUUGAUGAGUGCACAAUGCGAGAAGGUUAUGAGAUCGAAAGAGCUUAUUGAGUUGGUGAAAAAUGAGCAAUUUGAUAUUGGAGUUACUGAGCCGUUUGAUGCUUGUGGAUAUUGUGAGUUUUAUUGGGGAUUUUAAUACAAAUUGGGCAUUUUUUGUUGACAACCAGAAUCCUUCCAGAUUUCUUCGAAGCUAUAAAUAUUCCUGCUCAUGUCAGCAUUGUUUCCUGUAGCCGAAUGGAUCAUGUUAGCGAGAUUUUGGGACAACCAAUGGCCACAAGUUAUGUCCCCGCCACUCAAUCAACUUACAACAAUAAAAUGACAAUUUGGCAAAGAUUUAUUAACACAAUUGAGGCUUAUUCUGGAAGUUAUAUGUUUUCUUAUAUUGGAGAUGUUGAAUAUGAACGACUUGGUGGAAAAUAUCGAAGUUGGAGAGAGCAUUUGCCAGAAAGCUCAUUCAUUUUUCCAAAUCAGAUUGCUUUGUUGGAUUUUCCAGCUCCAACAUUUGACAAAAUUAUACCAAUUGGUGGAAUUUCCGUGUCCAAAACAAAUCUUGUUUUGGCAGAGAAGUGGGACAAGAUUUUGAGUUUGCGAAAAACCAACAUUCUCAUCUCAUUUGGCUCAAAUGCAAAAAGUAUUCAUAUGCCGGAAGAAUACAAAAAAUCACUUCUUCAAGUUUUCAAAACUCUUCCAGAGUACACAUUUAUUUGGAAAUAUGAGGAUAAAGAUGCGAAAUUUGCUGAGGAUUUGGAUAAUGUUUAUCUAGGAUCUUGGCUUCCGCAAAAUGAACUUUUGGGGGAUUCGAGAUUAACUGUAUUUUUGACACACGGUGGAUUGGCAAGCACUACAGAACUUGCGAUUCUUGGGAAGCCUUGUAUUAUGAUUCCUAUUUUUGCUGAUCAAAAUCGAAAUGCGGAAAUGAUGAAAAUGCAUGGAGGAGUUGAAGUUCUGCAUAAAACGGAUUUAGGAAACCCAGAACUUCUUAAAACAACCAUCAAGAAACUCGUGGAAAACCCGAAAUACACUGAAAAUGCUAUUCGAUUGGCUGAAAUGUUGAAUAAUCAGCCAAAUGAUCCCAGAGAAACUUUUGUGAAACAUGUCGAGUUUGCAGCGAGAUUUGGAAAGUUUCCACAAAUGGAUAAUUAUGGUAGACAUUUGAAUAUUUUUCAGUAUUAUCUUUUGGAUAUUCUUUCGAUAAUUCUUGUCUUUUUUGUUGCUGUGAUUUAUGUUUUUGUUAAGAUUUUGAAGUGUUUCUGUGUGAAGAAGCAGAAAAUUGAAUGA